AUUAUAAUAUUAUUCAAUUUUGUAUUACGCAUAUGUGUCUCAAAUUUAGUAAAUCAUAUAGAACAGUAAAUGCUAAACUGAAUAUUCACAGCUCAGUAGCAAUUGCGAUCACUUCCGGUAACAAACAAAUUUGUGAAAAUUUAAAAUCAAGGAACAUCAGUCAGUUGAAGUUAGUUCUACAGGUAAAGGAAAUCAUGGAUUUGCAAGCAUUAAACGCACUCUCAGAAAUGCUUCAAACUGAGGAACAGGACUCUGAAUCUGAUGAUGAUCAACCAAGCAGUGCUGUAACAAAGAUGGGUCCUGGGAGUAUUGGUCCAGCUAAAAAGCAAUCCACCACAGUAAAACCCUCGAAUGGACCUAAUCCAGCGAACAAAGGAAACAGUAAAGAUAUUUGGGAUGAAGAUGAAGUAAAUGCAGGACAAGAAUUUGACGAUGUACACGACCCACGUCCUCAACCAGAGUAUGAUAUUGUGUAUAAACAGGCUGUCACAUCAGAGGAUAUGUUUCUUGGAAUGGGAAAUAAGAAUCCUGCUACGUCAAGCUGUGAGGAUAUGGUUGUUAAAAUUAAACUCCCUGGAACUAAAGCAUCGGAGAUGCAACUGGAUGUUCAGACUAAAUUUCUGGAUUGUAGGACAUCAAAGUUCAAACUUGGAUUACACCUGCCCCAUCCAGUAGAUGAAAAAAGUGGAAAAGCAAAAUGGAACAGUGAUAAAUGUGAAUUAGAAGUUACUCUAAAAAUGAACAGAGAUUAUGAUUUUAUCAACUUUUGA